AUGGUGACGAUCUGUACCUACAAUGCACGUACACUUGCAUCCGAGUUCUCGAUAGAAGACUUGCUCAUGCAAGCAGGAAGGAUAAGGUACCGCGUCAUCGGCCUGGCCGAGACGAGAAAACGUCAGCCUUUCAACGCCGUCUAUGACACCGGAGAAGAACUAUUCCUUGGAACAUGCGACAGUAGAGGAGUCGGCGGCGUCGGCGUUUUUGUCAACACGAGUUUGUCCAUGAAAAUUGAUUCAUUCGAACAACUUACAACCCGAAUCGGACGUUUAUGA